CCGGCGCCGUGGUGUAGCCCGAGGCGGAAGUGGCUCCCGGCGGAAGCGGCGCGGGGCAGUCAUGGCCGCUGGUAUCCCCUGCGCGUUGGUAACGAGCUGCUCCUCCGCCUUCUCCGGAGACCGGCUGGUCCAACAUAUCCUUGGAACAGAAGACCUCAUUGUGGAAGUGACUUCCAAUGAUGCUGUGAGAUUUUAUCCCUGGACCAUUGAUAAUAAAUACUAUUCAGCAGACAUCAACCUAUGUGUGGUGCCCAACAAGUUUCUCAUUACUGCAGAGAUCGCAGAGUCUGUCCAAGCAUUUGUGGUUUAUUUUGACAGCACACAGAAAUCUGGUCUCGAUAGCGUCUCCUCAUGGCUUCCCCUGGCAGAGGCAUGGCUACCUGAGGUGAUGAUCUUGGUCUGUGAUAGAGUAUCUGAAAACGGUGUAAACCGACAAAAAGCUCAAGAAUGGUGCAUCAAGCAUGGCUUUGAAUUGGUAGAACUUAGUCCUGAGGAGCUGCCUGAGGAGGAUGAUGAUUUCCCAGAAUCUACAGGAGUAAAGCGAAUUGUGCAAGCCUUGAAUGCCAAUGUCUGGUCCAAUGUGGUGAUGAAGAGUGAUAGAAACCAAAGCUUUAGCCUUCUCAACUCAUUGGCUGGAGGAAACCACAGCCUUGGAUCAGCAGAGACCUGUCACGCAGAGCAGCCCCAUCAGCCAGCAGCAGAUAGAACGGAACCCCUUUCAGAUCACCAGAGUGGUACAUCGGACACAGCAGGGGCCCUGGCUGAUGGUAUUGUGGAUCCCAUGUUAGAUCUGGACAUCCAGGAACUGGCCAGUCUCACUACUGGGGGAGGUGAUUUGGAGAAUUUUGAACGACUGUUUUCAAAGCUAAAGGAAAUGAAAGACAAGGCUGCGACACUUCCUCAUGAGCAAAGAAAGUUGCAUGCAGAAAAGGUGGCCAAAGCCUUCUGGAUGGCAAUUGGGGGAGACAGAGAUGAAAUUGAAGGCCUUUCAUCUGAUGAAGAACACUGACAGAGACCCAUCUUUGAGACACUCCCCUGCUCUACCCAGUCAUGUGUUGCUGAAAUCUCAUUAUCGUGUUGGCUGCCUGACUUGAUAGAGGGUCCCGUAAUAUUUAUUUUUAGUGAGGACUAAAGAGAACUCUUUUCUCCCUCAGUGUAUUGUAAGAGAGUGAGGAAUACAAUGACAAUGAUGAGUGAGAAUUUCUUAAAUAUACUUUUGUUGUUCUAGGAACGGGGGUAGAAUGAGUCUCAGAGGUCUGUGUGUUUUAUCCAAGUUGGGAAAGAAAACCACCAAGCCAUUCCUGGCAGCCUUUGAAGUAGCAUUCCUGUACUGCAUACCAGGGCGUUCCUGGAUGUUUUGGGUUUCCUCCGCUCAAGGGUAUGUGACUCUGAGCCAUGACGCUUUUCCGGGAGGAAAGGAGACUGCUGUGGAUUGGAGUUGCUAUGGCACAGGUGGAGCCCAAGGCAGCGGCCACAAAGUCAGUGGCCCACGGCUGAGUCUGUAGCCACAAAGAUGUAGUGUCUGAGCUCCCACUAGGAAGAACGGAAAUACUAGUGUGAAUUUUUAGACCAUCAUCACUGAGGCAAAGUUUUCCUACUCUGGUGGGGAUUGACCCCCUACUGAGUUAGGGGUGUGUGUAGAGAACAGAAAGAAUUCCCCACAGAAUCCCCGUCAGAGCCACGGAAGCUGUGAGUGAUGUCACGCUGAGGCCCUGGCACUGGCGUGGUCAUGAAGGACUCCUCUGCUGCAGGUUCUCCUGCUGCGUGAGCACCAGAGCCCAGCUGUCACUUCACACCCUUGGGUCUAGGCAGGCAUCCUCCUAGCAGCCCAUUGGUGGGUGCAGGACGUGAGGCCAUGAGUUCUUCAGCAGCUGUUUACACAGGUGCUGGCUCCUCUGUGCCGUCCAGGACCGCAGCCCCGAGGACAGGUCACCAAAGGGCAAGUUUCUAAGGAAGUGGAAAGUACAGCAAAUAAAAAUCCUUCUUUCUGUGUUUGUA